UAUGGGUUCGUGGUAAUAGACAAGGAUAGUGAAUUGAACAAGGGUCGUUACAGGAGAGGAUUCGAUUGCUUUAUAUAUUUAUAAUUUCAAACUUUAUCGCACAGUUGAAAUGCAACCUUAAAAGUGUGAAUAUGCACAGAGCCGAGCUGAAUAAGGAAAAAAACAUUUUACGCCGAAUUGCCAGCGCGAGCGAUGCGAUUCGACGAAAACACAAAAUGUUGAAAUUGGGGAAAAUGACGGCUGAGAAAGCCAUGAGUGAAAUUUUCAAACCCGUAAUGAAUCCUUUGGAGAAGUUGGUUGAUCAGUCAGUAAAACAGGAAUCAGCUAUCAAGAAAGAACCGAAUGAGGAGUCUUCCGUGAAAAAAGAAGAUGAAUUUAUCGAUAACGAAGAUGAUGAAUUCGAACGUUCGUUUCAAACGGCUCACGGGGAUAUCUCGGAAGAGGAUAUUAGUUUUGAGGAUGAUGAUAGUAUUAAACGUGAUGAUUUGUCUCAAAAUUACUUAAAUAUGUUUGACACGGUGGAAAAGAAAGAGCUGGAUACAUCGUAUGGAGUACGAAAAUUACAGGGAAAUCGUUUAAUGAUCGGAAAUUCACCAAUUACGUUUGAGCGAAAUAUUAUUCGUAUCGGUGAUAAGACUUUUGAUCAAAGUGAGGGUUUAUUGGAAUUGCUGUUUAAAAAAUCCCCCGAUGAAUCUCGAAUAACGACAAACGAUAGAGAAAAUUAUCGCAAAAUUCUCAAUUCGACAAACGCUUAUAGAAAACAUUAUAUUCAUGAUCACGCAAUUCGCAAUGAUAAUAGUAGAAAAUUCAAAAAUAUAAUUGCUCAAAUGAUUGAUUCACCGAUGAGAAAAUCCUCACCAACGCGACACUCGGAACGAUUGGGUAAAAGCUUACCGGGGUAUAAAAUUUUCAAAAGAAAUAGUACCCUGGAUUACGUUUAUUGGGAUGACCCUAAUGAGCUGGUUGAUAGACUGCGUCUUCUUUAUGCUUCACAAGUUGCAGGCAAUGCAAGUCACGUCAAUGAAAUAAUUUCCAUCAUCGAGGAAUUGCGUGAAGCUCAAAUUAUUUAUUAGGUAGUACACACAC